AUGCUUGCCAAAUUUGAACCCAAGCAAGUCAAUCAAGAGACUACUCAGUUUAGCGGGAACAUUGAAAUCUCAACUGUUCAUUAUGCCGUCACGCAGCAGCAAACAGGUAAUUUUGACAAGCGCUUAGAAAAGUUAUCAAUCCCUCGUCUGAUCUGACGCCGACUCUCUGGAAGGCUUACAGUCAGCAAAGCUCACGCUUGUUUCAACUAGAAAAAAAGUUUUGUGACACAAUAAAGAAGCUUCUGGUCUGGGUGCGAAAUUCGAAGCGACGGCGGCCUUGUGGGCGUUUUCCAGUUGCACUGAGCGGCUUUUGUCUUGACGCGGGCGUCGCCGCACCUUAAUACCUUGCUCACACAGUCUCGCAACUUCGUGCAAGCCCUUUCAUUCCGUCGACAGUUGUGUCGGAUUCGGCAGCUGCCUCAUUUUUGUCUUCUUUCUGGCAAUUAUCUCUGAUUACUUGCAGCCAUGUCGUUCAGUUCCCCGCAGCCGUCGGCUCGUGCGCCUCUUGGAGGUCGCAGCACUGGAAACGUUGUUUGUGAGUUCUAAAGUUGUUUUGAAAUGGAAAAAAAUUGUGAACCUUCUCAUUGGUUCGCUCCAAAGUUUUGGAAAAAACUUCAUAAAAUAUGUAUACCUCAUAGUAACUUUCUUUUUUUCCGAAUUUAGCUUUUUUUUGUUCAGGGUUUUCGACUAUAGGGCACUUUUACCUACUCUUUAGUUCGAUAUUUUGCAUACCUUGGAAAUAUCUACAAGCCCAAAAACACCAAACUCACCUCACUGACAAGGAGCUUUAAGAAAAAGAUUAUAACUUUGAAUUUCUUAAGUUUAUGUUUAAAAUUUGCAGCUCAAGACCGCAUGCUGAAAAUCGUGACGGAGAUGCGUUCUGGAGCAGGAUCAGGCCUUUCUCCGUUUGGACAGAAUGCCGCUUCCACCAUCAGAGACUCGCGAGAGCGCGAAAAAGAAAGAAAUGAGCGAUUUGAACGACCGUCUUGCCAGCUACAUUGAGAAAGUUUGAAAUAAAUUAUAUAAUUGAAUAAAAAAAUUUAUUCUGCAGGUUCGCUUUCUGGAAGCCCAAAACCGCAAAUUGGCGGCCGAUUUGGAAGCUUUGAGGUCAAAAUGGGGCAAAGACACCCAUAACAUUCGCAACAUGUACGAGGGCGAGCUUUCGGUCAACUGAUCUUUUGAGAUUUUCUCAACUCGACCUGAAUUCAGGAUGCCCAAAAAUUGAUCGAUGACACCAACAAGCAACGGAAGGACCUUGAGGGCCAAAUCAAGAAAAUGCAAGACGACCUGGCCGAAGUGCGCAGAAAGUCCGUGCAGCGUUAAUUUUUUGUUUGCGUUGUUUUGUGUGCAAACCGAGUUAUGGAAAAAAAUGUGGAACAAUUGUGAUUUGCAGGUAUGACGAUGCUGUGAAAGGCCGCGAGGGAGACCGCAUCAAGAUCGAUCAACUUCUUGUGACUCUGUCUAACAUCGAAGCUGAAAUCAGCCUCCUCAAACGACGCAUCGCUCAGCUCGAGGAAGAAGUCAAGAGAAUCAAGAUCGAAAACCAAAGACUUCUCAGUGAACUCCAACGUGCUCGCACUGUGAGAAAAUUCGUCUGUCAGGGUUAAAAUAACUGAAAAAUAGGACUUGGACCAAGAAACGCUAAACCGCAUCGACUACCAAAACCAGGCACAGACGCUUCUCGAAGAAAUCGAUUUCCUGCGACGAGUUCACGACAACGAAAUCAAAGAACUUCAAGUAAGUUUUGAAAAAAAAUGAGGUUUGAAAGAUUCUUUGAGGGCCUUGCUUCGCGCGACACGACCCCGGAGAAUCGGGAAUUUUUCAAGAACGAACUCUCGUCUGCCAUUAGGGACAUUCGUGAGGAAUACGACCAGGUUUGAGUAGCUUUGAAAUCGCAUGUGAAGGACAAUCAUGGCCUUCAGAUCAACAAUGUCCAUCGCAAUGACAUGGAGUCUUGGUACCGGCUCAAGGUGCAGGAGAUUCAGACCCAAAGUGCUCGUCAGGUUUUAGCUCAUCAAAAACUCUUAAAUUUGUUCUGAAAUUCAGACUAUGGAGCAGGGCUACGCCAAGGAAGAGGUCAAACGACUCCGCACGCAGCUCACCGACCUUCGUGGAAAACUUGCCGACCUUGAAAGCCGCAACUCUCUGCUCGAGAAGCAGAUUCAGGAGCUUAACUAUCAGCUCGAAGACGACCAGAGAUCCUACGAAGCCGCUCUCAAUGACCGCGACGCUCAAAUCCGCAAGAUGCGCGAAGAGUGUCAAGCUCUCAUGGUUGAGCUGCAGAUGCUUCUCGACACCAAGCAGGUAUCACUGAUUCUCCAACGCUGAUGACUUUUUUAUUCAGACUCUCGAUGCCGAAAUUGCCAUCUACCGCAAGAUGCUCGAAGGAGAAGAGAACCGGUAACCAGAAACCCAUUAGCCAUUCUAAAUAAUCUGUUUCAGCGCCGGCCUCAAACAGCUCGUGGAACAGGUUGUCAAGACCCACGCCAUCACCCAAGAAACAGACACAGGUAGAUAUAUAUACAAUGAGAUGGUUUUUAACUUAUAACAUUUUCAGAGACGAUGAGAGUGGUGAAGGGAGAAACUGCUUCGCGACAGUCAUUCCAGCGAUCUGCCAAAGGAAACGUCUCGAUCCACGAAGCCUCGCCGGACGGAAAGUUCAUCGUCCUUCAGAAUACCCACCGCGCCAAGGACGAGGUUUGUUUGAUGUCAAAUCGAAAACGCGAGCACACAAUCGGCUUAGGCGAUCGGUGAGUGGAAGCUGAAGAGACGAAUCGACGGCAAGAAGGAAAUCGUUUACACUCUUCCCAAAGACUUUGUCCUUCGUGGUGGAAAGACCCUCAAGGUAAAGCCUUCUAGGUUCUUUCAGAAAAUUUAAAAACUCAGAUCUUUGCCCGAAACCAAGGCGUCGCUUCGCCGCCUGACCAGCUCGUCUACGACGGAGAAGAUUCAUUCGGAACAGGAAGCAACGUUCAAACUAUUCUCUUCAACAAGGAAGGAGAGGUGGAAAAACAGCAAAAACUGAUUGUGCAUACUAUCUACUAUUUUCAGGAACGUGCCACGCACAUCCAGCGACAGAGCACCGCCUAA